UGAGAAGUAAGAAAAAGGUAAUAAGUGAUUGAGAGAAGAGAAAGAAGAGGAGAGAAGAGAAAGAAGAGAAGAGAAGAGUAGAAGAUGAGCAACAACACAGAAUCAUACCCAAUGAACGGUGGAGAUGGAACUUACAGCUACACCAAAAACUCCUACUUACAGAAAGCAGGUGUAAAUGCUGCAAAAACUACUAUCCAUGAUGCAAUUGUAGAUAAGCUCGACAUAAAAGAAUUGUUCUUUUCUGCAUCGACAAACAACAGAACCAUAUUUCGCAUAGCUGAUUUGGGGUGUUCAGUUGGACCAAACACCAUCUCUACUACGGAAGGCAUACUAGAAGUUGUUCAACACAAGUACCAACAAUCUCAGCAACACCUCCAUUUCUCUUCUUCUAAAACGCUUGAAUUUCAAGUAUUCUUUAACGAUCAAGUCACCAAUGAUUUCAACACCCUUUUCACCUCUCUACCCGCCGAAAGGCCCUACUUUGCAGCUGGUGUCCCGGGGUCCUUCCAUGGCCGGCUGUUCCCCAACUCGUCUCUCCACCUUGUCCAUUCUUCAUAUGGACUCCAAUGGCUCUCCAAACUUCCGGAGGAGUUGCUUGAUGAGAACUCUGCAGCAUUUAACCGCGGGAGAAUUCACUACUUAAAUGCCUCAGAUGAGGUUUGCAAUGCUUAUAAAGCUCAGUUUGCUAAGGACAUGGCUAAGUUUUUGGAUGCCAGAGCGAAGGAGCUUGUGGUUGGAGGUUUAAUGGUGUUAACCGUGCCUUCUGUCCAAGAUGGUGUCCCUUGUUCUCGAUCGGUUAUGUAUGUAUUGUUUCAUCUUCUUGGCUCUUCUCUCAUGGAUUUGGCAAAAGAAGGUCUUAUCAGUGAAGAUCAAGUGGACUCAUUCAACAUACCUGUAUACGCUGUCUCUCCAAAUGAGAUGACAGAAUUGAUAGAAGGAAAUGAGUGUUUUAGCAUUGAGAGAAUGGAGUUAACGAAGGCCAAGUCUAGUAAUGACUAUGGUCAAGGGUUUCAAUUCACUGGACAGGCACUUAGCAUGCACCUAAGAGCAGGAAUGGAGAUCCUUGUCGCCAAACAUUUUGGAACUGCGAUUAUUGAUGAACUCUUUGAUAGAGUAUAUAAGAAAAUUGAAGAGCUUUCAGAUCAAAUUCAACCAUUAAUCUACGAGGGAGGAUCUCAACUCACUCUUGUGCUAAAACGCAAAUAGAGGAAUCUGAAUCAACCUUGGCAUUAAUAAGAGAGUUUCUCAGAUAUAUGUGUUUUUUUUAUGUAAUGUGGAAUCUUUAUCCAAAGAUCAUGUAAUAAUGCUUAGCCUUAUAAAGGAUGCUUUAAAAACUAUAACAAUUUCAAAUGAGAAAAAUGAUCAUCAUAUGGAAAAAUGACGAUGACAGUUGCUCAAGCA